AUGGCUCAGUCACUGGCUCUGAGCCUCCUGGUCUUGGUUCUGGUCCUCUGCAGCCGUGGAACCCAAGGCAGUGAUGGGGGUGCACAGGACUGCUGCCUCAGGUACAGCCAGAGGAUCAUUCCCUCCCACAUCGUCCGAGGCUACAGGAAGCAGGAAACAAGCAGUGGAUGCCUGAUCUCAGCCAUCUUGUUCGCACCCCGGAAGCGCUCUCAGCCUGAACUGUGUGCCAACCCUAAUGAGGACUGGGUAAAGCAGCUGAUGCAGCGUUUGGACAAGCCACCAGCCCCAAAGAAAAGCCCUCAGGGCUGUGGGAAGGACAAUGGGGCGGCCAAGACUAGCAAGAAGAGAAAGAGCUCCAAAGCCUGCAAGAGGUCUGAGCAGCCCACAGAGCCCAAAGCGGUCACAGCCCAGUGA